GCAUCGACCGAGUCUCUUCUACAGCGAAGGAUGUGGCGACGGACAAAAUCGGCUGUGCCAUACAUGUGAUUGUAUCAGCCUCUUCGGCGGCAGUGGCGCUGGCUUUUGAUGCUGGUGGAUUGGAAAGGCAGGAAGACAUUUGGGUUGGCGACUUGACCGAGCAGGAAGCGAAGGAGUUUUUGGCACUGCAUGGGCAUGAGAAGAAUUGGAAAGACUUCGUGGAUGCUU